AUCCUUUCUCACAUUUACUGCAAUUCUUCGAACUCAACUGGGAUACACCAAAGCAUAUCCCCUCUUCUUCCCAAAGUCCUCCCCCUUGCCUUACGUACUCGUGUCCUUUAAAUUUCACCAAAAGCUGUACCCAAUACCGGAUUAUCCCCCGGCUCCGUCUUUUCUCCUUUUUUUAUUUUUAUUUAUUUCAAAAAAUACGUGUUUAUCUUUACCGAACUAAUAAAACACUUUCUCAAAGCAUAUUCCCUUUUAAUAUCCCCUUUUUUGCAUUUUAAUAAUUUCACCAUUUCCCCUAAGCUUUAUAUAAACCUCCCGUUUUCCCCUCAUUCCCUUCCAGACUACGCUCUUUUGGCUUUAUCCUCCAUUAUCUUAAACCACGACACAAACCCAAAACCAAAAUCAAAAUGUCUGGUUUUGCCAGAAUAAAACGAGUUAUGGAUCCGCUCAAUCUUUCCGACGAAGUUGCCAGCAGCGGCAGCGAACACAGUGCUCACGCCGACGCCGACGAAGCUGACUCCUCGGUUUCUUCGCUCAGCUUGUCUGAUCUUGUCUACGGCUUCUUCGCUGACGACGCCAGAACCGACGAGUCUUCUUCCCCCUACGACUCCGAUUCCGACCGCGAUUCGUCGGUCUAUGACUCGGUCGACGGUUACGACGACUUGGUAAAGCUAAAGCAGGUUUUCAAUAACGGCGGCGAUUCUGCUGCCACCGAUACGUAUCGGAAUGUGCUUUGUGCUAAUGUAAAUAAAGCUGUGGAUAUUUUUGCUUCCGUGAGGACCGUUACGGCGUCGCAAGUACGGCGGAGCGUGAUGGCGUAUUUGAGGAAUUUAGGCUACAAUGCCGCCGUUUGCAAGACAAAAUGGGACGGCUCCGGCGGACUCACUGCCGGAAACUACGAGUUUAUCGAUGUCCUCAGAUCCGACCCGUUCAAUCGGAUCACGAGGUAUUUGAUAGACCUGGAUUUCGCCAAGGAGUUCGAGAUCGCCCGCCCGACGUCCAGAUACGAGCAUGCUGUACAGUCCAUUCCGAAGGUUUUCGUCGGUAAAAUCGAGGAGCUGAAGCAGAUUCUGAAGGUGAUGAGCGACGCCGGGAGGCGAUCGUUGAAGAGCCGGGGGCUCCACCUUCCGCCGUGGAGGAAACACCGUUAUAUGCAGAACAAAUGGCUUGGGCCUUAUAAACGGACUACUAACGUUUUUCCUUCUGUAACGGGGACAGUUUAUCAACACCAACCGCCGUUAGAACAGAACUUUGCGGUCAAGUGCCGUUCCGUCGGAUUCGACGUUAACCCAGCUAACGGACGUUUGUUGUUGUUUCCCGCGAUUACCCGUACAAGAUGAUAAUGUUAAUUAAUGAUGCCAAAAGAACAAGGAAAAAAGAAAUAUUCAGAUCAUAACAUUUUUAGUUAAGACUUUUUCAGCAGAUUACAGUGAUGUCGUUUAGUGAUUACGAGUAACUUUGCUACUACCUUCAUUCCUAUUUAUAAGAGAUUUUAGACAUUUUUUUUCAUUCUUUUUUAUAAGAAGUUUUAUAUUUUCCAAAAAAUAUUUAAUGACUUUUUUCCUCUCUUUACCCUCAUAACUAAUCAAUUCAAAAUUAAUUUAAUUACUUCAUUAUGUUA